AUGUCCGGCGAACAGAAAGUCUUGAACGCUCUUGCGGCUUUGAUCCAACAAACGGGGAAGGAGGAAAUUCCAAAGCCUCGUGUGGCGACCACGGCUCAGAUUUCGAAAGCUACCUUUCCAAGCUUGCUUUCCCGCAUGAAGAAGAAGGGCUUGAUCGACUAUGGUUCUUCCAAUGGAACCCUUAUUCUCACGGAGACCGGCUCCGAAAAGGCAGAUCCCUUGGAUGUAGCUGGAAGCGAUGAAGAGCACCACGAAAAGAUCAAGCAAGAGUUGAAGGGGAAAGCACGUGCGAUUUUCGAGUUCCUCUCGGACGGCGAAAUCAAGGACAAACAGGAGGUUAUGGAGGCUGUCGAGUGCACCAACCCAAAGACGUUUGCGCCACUGUUGUCACGAGAAUUGAAGAAGAAGGGAUACAUUUGCUAUCCUUCAAAGGGGAAGGUUCAGUUGACAAAAGAAUGCUUCCCGAUCAGUCGUCGCGGUGGUGGUACCGGCGACGAUGACUAA